AUGGAACGUCCUAGCAGUGAGACCUUGGAGUCUCGAGCCGCCAGACCCAGCAUAGCUAAACGGAUCUCCGCCACAGCUAUGGGUGGCUUGCAUCUUCUCACAAGCGACACUGAACUCUCUCAAGACCGAGACCACGACGAGUACAUUUCGCCAACGAGGACGUCUGUCCGAGGCCGCUCGAGAUCUCUCAGCAGGAGCCUCAGCGUUGCCAGCUCGCGCAGCAGCAACUCGUCCAUCUUCUUCGGCCGGCCGAACUCAUUACCUUCCAUCACGGAGAGCGAGAAUGGUCCCCACGGCACUGAGUUCCGCGACCCGUUUGCGGACCAAAACUCAAUAGAAGGGCAUUCUGCUCCGCGUGAAGUUCAGAACCCGUUCGACGAUAACAGCAGUGGCGAUGAGGGAACAGCCGUUCAGGAGCUGGAACCCGAACCGCCUUACCACGUCUUCACGAAAAAGCAGAAAUGGGUUGUUAUCGUCAUCAUCGGAGCCGCCGGACUGUUCUCUGGUCUUUCUUCCAACAUCUAUUUCCCAGCUCUCGAUACGAUCGCACGGGAUCUCAAUGUCAGCUCGCAGAUGGUUUCUCUGACCAUCACAUCCUACUUGAUCAUCCAGGGCAUUUCCCCGUUGAUUUGGGGCUCGAUCUCGGAUGCUCUGGGCAGAAGGCCAAUCUACAUCGCCUCGUUCGCCGUGUACAUCAUUGCCAACAUCGGACUCAGCUUCUCUCCCAAUUUCACAGUUCUUCUGAUCUUCAGGGGCUUACAAGCCGCCGGAAGUGCCUCCACCGUGAGCAUUGGAAACGGCGUGAUCCAGGAUAUUUCUCCCCCGGCUGAACGGGGAGCCUUUAUUAGUUUCUACCAGGCGAUCCGAAACUUCAGCAUAGCAGUCGGGCCUGUGCUCGGCGGCCUGCUCGCCAACUUCCUCGGGUUCCGGUCCAUCUUUGUCUUUCUCCUGAUCCUUUCUUCUAUAGUCACCUUGGUGAUUGUGUUUUGGCUGCCUGAAACCAUGCGGAGCAUUGCCGGGAACGGCUCGCUUCGUUUGGGGGGCAUUUACAAGCCGAUCAUAUGGUACCUUGGCAAGGAGCCAGAGUACCUCGAAGACCCGGAUGAACCCAUUCCGCGGAAGAAGGUGACAUUGAUGACAUUUGUGGAACCAUUACGGCUGUUGAUUCAGAAGGACAUUCUGAUCAACUUGGUUUUCGGUGGCGUGGUCUAUACCAUAUGGACUAUGGUCACGUCAAGCACCACCAUCCUGUUUAAGGAGUUGUUUGGACUUAGUGACCUGCAAACCGGUCUCGCAUUUCUACCUAAUGACUAUCUCGAGAUGGAAGAAGAGUAUAAGACAUCUCAUAACAUAGCAGGAACAGAAAAGCUCUCAGGAAAGAAUAUGCCCGCCGAGUUCCCCAUAGAGCGCGCCCGCCUCCGUCGUCUUCCCUGGAUCGUCCUCGUUUUCGUCGCCUCCACCGGCGGCUACGGCCUCUCCCUCAACUUCCCCUCUAUCACUUCCCGAUCAGGCUGGAUCGCAGUCCCACUCGUUCUCCAGUUCUUCAUCGCUGCGACCAGUAACGCCGUCUUUGCCCUCAACCAGACCCUCGUCACCGACCUGUGUCCCGGAAAGGGAGCCAGUGCCACCGCGAUAAACAACUUGGUCAGGUGCGGCUUGGGUGCCAUCGGCGUUGCGCUGGUUGACAACUUUGUCGCUACUACGGGGCCUGGGGCCGCGUUCUUGGGCUUGGCUCUUGUCACGGUCGCUGUUGGUCCGUUGGCGGUGAUACACUGGUACUGGGGACAGACUUGGAGGGCGGCAAGGAUGAGGGAGAAGAUGUCGAACAACGAGAAGGCGUGA